ACGGCGUUUCUCGGACGCGAUGCAAAAACGAAAGAAAAAUGUGGGAAUAAUAAUUUAAAUGUGUUGUUGCAAAUGUAACCGGUUACAAUAUCAAUUGCAUCGACAAAGUGUCAAUUUUUUUUGUUUCUUAAGUGCAACGUGCGAACAAUACGAAAGAAAGAAACACAAUCAAGGUGGAGUUAAUUGCGGAAAAUGGCGCAACCGCCGCCGGAUCAGAAUUUCUAUCAUCACACACUGCCCCCGCAUGCGCAUCCACACUCACACCCCCAUCCACACUCACAUACGCACGCACACACACAGCAUCCACAGCUGCAGUUGCCGCCACAGUUUCGCAAUCCCUUCGACUUACUGUUCGAUGAACGCACGGGCGCCAUCAACUAUAACUACAUUCGUCCCUAUCUGCCCAACCAAAUGCCCAAGCCAGAUGAGCUGUCCGACUCUCUGGUGAUGCGACGACCUCGACGCACUCGGACCACAUUCACCAGCUCCCAGAUCGCGGAGCUGGAGCAGCACUUUCUACAGGGACGCUAUCUUACCGCUCCCCGCUUGGCGGAUUUGUCGGCCAAAUUGGCUUUGGGCACUGCCCAAGUGAAGAUCUGGUUUAAAAAUCGCCGACGUCGCCAUAAAAUACAGACAGAUCAACACAAGGAUCAGUCAUACGAUGGCAUGCCGCUAUCGCCAUCGCUGCCCAAUGCUGGCGCCCACAAAGGCGGCUCCGAUGCAGACCCGCCGAGUUUGCAGGCAUUGAGCCUUGGUUCUGCCACGUCCAAUGCCUUGACGCCCUCGCCCACACCAUCGACGCCAACGCCGCAUCUUGUGGAGCACUACAGUGAAUCAUUCAAUGCGUACUACAACUACAACAAUUGCCAGCCACAGCAACGUAAUGUGCAUGUCCAAUACUCAGCAUCAACUGCAUCGGCAUCGAGUGUGGAUCGAUCUCAGUUCUUUCCCCAGCAACAUGGCAAUCCACAUGUGCAACAGCAGCAACAGCUUCAUCAGCAACAGCAACUACAUCAACACCAUGUCAUGAACCAGCAACAACAACAGCAGCAGCAACAGCAGCAAUAUCAUCAUUUUGACUUUCAACAAAAGAAUGGCAACGUCUGUCCGGUGCCGCUGCUGAAAGGCGACAACGAGGCCGACUACAAUUUCAAUGGCUCGUAUUAUAUGCGCUCGUCGGCGCUGCCAUUGAACGGCGUCCAGUCUGGCAGCUUGCCAGCCGGCGAGGCUGCUACUGCUGCUGCUGUCGCUGCGUCUGCGCUCUCGCCCGGCUCCGAGGUCUAUGAGCCAUUAACACCAAAGAAUGACGAAAGUUCUAGUCUAUGUGGCGGUGCUCCUGGUGGCAGUGGUGGCGACGCAAGCGGUACCGGCAGCGGUAGCGGCAGCGUUGGCGUCCCCUGUCCCACGGCUGCCGGCGCCGAGGACGACACCGACGACAUGGACGAUGGAUCGACUAAAAAGACGACGACGCUACAGAACUUGGAGUCGCAGAAGAGUGACAUUGCCGAUGAAGACAAAUCGUGUGAUGACGACAGCGAUGUUCUGGGCUCAGGAAUACUUGCUGUGGCACGUGGCAUCGGAUGUGGCAGCAAUGGCCGCAGCGCUUUUGGCAAAUUCGGAAACCGUUCUCCGCAAUCGCCACCGUUGGUGCCUGCGAACAGCCCGAUGGAUUCAAUGAGUGAUUCGAGUCAAUAUCAAUGCACGAUGGAUACGAUAAUGCAAGCGUAUAAUCCACAUCGUAAUGCCUCUGGCAACACGCAGUUCGCCUACUGCUUCAAUUAGGCUUGGACACAGAUCGGUCUAUAAGUAGAAAUUAAAAUGCAAUUGUAUAAACAUAAUUUCAAUGUUUUGUGGUGUUUCUAGUCUUAAGUGGUUCGUUAUUUCCUGAUUGUACAAAGACUCAAAAAUUGUAGAUAUCUACUCGUAGUAGCCUUUAGUAUUUUAAGUAAUUUUAUAUUCUUUUUAAUGAUUUUACAAUGUUAACUUAAGUCGUUGCUGCAGACUUCAAUGUAUUUUAAAGAGUCUGUACAGAAACUUCAUUUUGAAUAUGUUCGCUUUGUUCUCAACUCUGACUGACUGGAUAUUGCCUAAAAGCCCAUCAAUGCCCACUUAGUCACUGUCGAGACAAAUAUGGGCUUUAGUGAACGUCUUCCAUAUGAAGUUUCUUAAUAUAUUUCCCAUCUUAAAUGCAAUACUCUUUACAUAACUUGAUCGAAUUGGCAUAGCCUAAAAACUGAACUGAUCGAAAUGAAAAAUGUUUCUCUUCCUGAUAAUUGCACAUCAAGUUGCUAUUAUCAGUCGAAGAUUGAACUUUUAAACAAUAAUAUUUAUCAGAAUAUUGUUAUACUAAGCUAUGCCAUGGUUUCAUAUGGCAUUUUAACAUUUCUUGCGCAAGAAUUGUUUAAAAAUUGCAUUUGAUAACGUGAAAUCAACUUGAUUCGGUUAUGCAAAAAGUUUUAUAUUUAACUAGGGGAAUUUUAAUUUCUUACGUCUUUAAAAUGCAUUGAACUCUGUUGAAGUAAAUGUUUGCAAUGGUGCACCUUUUAAACUAAGUAU